ACUGAAGUACAAGGAAUCAACAUCCACUCCCUGAGAUAUAUUUAAUUUUCGUAGUUCCGUAGUGAGAACUCCCACUCUACUUGUAGUCCUGCUCUUGUCUGGGGAAAGCGAAUCUGCUGCGAUGGUCACUGCUACUACAGUGGUCCCUCUAUAAUCCGGCACCAUUUGUGCCACGAAAAUCUGCUGGAUUAGGGAGGGUGCUGAUUUCUGAUUUACUGCUGCAAUGUGCAUGAAGAGGACAUUUUGGCUACUGAAAAUUGUGCUGGUUUAUCGAGGGUGCUGGAUUAUAAAGUGCCGGAUUAGAGAGGGACGACUGUAGUAUGUUCUGGAAAGCGAAUGAGUCACGAGUCGUUCACUCGCGUCCUCGCCCGCUGCUGCUGCGAAUCCUGUGCGUGACUCAGAUAUUGACGGUAGCUCUCAUCCUGUGGUACGCAGUGGAGCGAUCCCUCGAUGAACAAAAUCUACGGGCAUACGAAUGGCAAGUGGAUGGCUUCUACAGGGCAGUCAAGCUUCGGCCAGACUUCCAGGACCUCAACACUGAGGGCGGGCUGAGGCCGGCUAGAUGCGCCACUGGUCAGCCGAAACAGUACGCCAUUCCAGCACCCCGCCGCUCGACUGAAAGUCUCAUGUCCGUGACUAUCUUGGUCAAGACGGGUCCUACAUACUUCGAGAGGCGAGAGCUGACACGCAAGCUAUGGUUCAAUCGCUGCCGAAGCAGACAUUUCGUUCCCGAUGGACCCAAAGCGGAUGAGCACAUGGAUGUACUGAAGAACGUUCGGACACUGUGCCAAUUUUACACUGGACAAUCUGAGAGUGCAGACGUCAUGACCAGGCUUCGAGCGGAGGUGGAGAGCAAGGAGGAUGUAUUUGUGGCUCCCAUCAUGGACGGCUAUGACACAAUGACGUCAAAGACGUUAUGGGCACUGCAUUGGUAUCAGCUCCAGCAACCCACAUCCGACUAUCUAAUGCUAGUGGAUGAUGAUGCGUACGUAGUGUUUGAGAACUUGCUAGUAUGGCUGAUGCAGCAGCCCAGAAAAAGGCUGUACACAGGCAGCCCUCAUCCGGAGCAGAACCGUGAUGUAGUCCGCUGUGCAUUGUACAGUCGAAGCAAAAACUGCAUCAACGACAAUCACAUGGCCGUGAUCAAAGACAAGACGUACCCUCCGUUUGCGUCCGGUUUCUCUUACAUCGUGUCGCGGGACAUUGCCAUCCAUGCUGUGCGUCAGGCGCUGACUCAGGCAUCUUCUGCGCUUCCCGGUAACGUCGAGGACGCCAUGCUUGGGUUUUUGCUGCACAAGGCGGGUGCAAGUCUGACCCGUGCUCCGGGGUUUCUCCACUGGAAGCUGAUGCAUGGCAAGUGUAGCAGGAGCACACCAUUGCUGGUCGUGGGCAACGUUCCCAUGACGACGCUGAUGAAGAUGGCACGUAACGAGCGUCUGGGCAAGAAUCCAUGCUACGGGCUGUUCCUCGAACCCUGGUGAUGCACCGUGAUUGCCGUGUCAGUUCACGUCUGCAUCAAAGCACCUUGCUAAUGCACUGAACCAUUAUACGAGAAGACGCAAACUACCUGUGACUCUGUCUGUGUGGAUGCUUGCGUCGUCACUCACUGCGGGAAUCCAGACCACUCUAGACAAACAUGCUCCACUUCGGGAACGGUGCCGCAAAUCUCGACGUCCUUGCCCCUGGAUUACAGAUGAGUUAGUGGCAAGUGUUCGUGAACGGAACCGGGCGCAUCGUCUCUGGCUCCGAGACAAAACCGAUCAGAACCUUCAAGAAGCACACCGAUCAGCUCGCUCCAAAGCACGGAAGUUGGACAGGAGUCUGCGCAACUUGUACUUCACUAAGAGAUGUGAUACAUCAGAUCAACGGCAACUUUGGGCUGUCAUGAACGAUGUCACAGGCCGACAGAAGACACGGAAAGAACCUGAAGCGCCGCUUGAGUCACUCAGUAAAUUGUUUGGAGACAUUGUGCAUGACCCUAUGCGGCCACCUGAGCUGCAUAUACCACAUGGUCCAGCCUCUGCAUCUAGCUUCUCAACAUUUCAGCCGGUAAGCGUGUCUGAUGUUGCACAAUGCUUGCAAACUGUGAGUCCUCACAAAGCAUCUGGGAGUGACAACAUUCCUGGAAUUUUACUGCAGCAGUGUUCAGAUGUUCUGGCACCUCCAUUUACCACCCUAGUCAAUGCAUCCUUGACAUCAGGUACUGUGCCAGUGUGUUUUAAAACAUCACACAUUAGUCCACUGUUCAAGAGUGGCGAUGCAACAUCCCCUACUAACUAUAGACCAGUGCCAUU